UACACUUCCUUUUUAAAAAAAAACCUUCAAAAUCUCAAUCUUAAUAAAAAUUGAUUAAGACAUAAAGAGAGCUAGAGAGAGCGGGGGCAGAGGAAGAAGCAACAACAACACUUGAAGCCAAGCAAAGCAGCUCCUUCGAUCUAUAAAUCCAUUGCUCCCCCAAUCUCUCUCAAUUUUCGCAACCAUGAUUUCUUCUAGCAAAAUCAAAUCCGUUGAUUUCUACAGGAAAAUCCCUAGAGAUUUGACGGAGGCGUCGUUAUCCGGAGCGGGAUUAUCCAUUGUGGCAGCUCUCUCAAUGUUGUUCUUGUUUGGAAUGGAACUAAACAGUUAUAUGUCUGUCAGCACCUCUACAUCUGUGAUUGUUGACAAGAGUUCUGACGGCGAAUUUUUGCGUAUAGAUUUCAAUAUCAGUUUUCCUGCACUUUCAUGUGAGUUUGCAUCAGUGGAUGUGAGUGAUGUGCUGGGAACAAACAGGCUCAAUAUAACAAAAACAGUUCGUAAGUUUUCUAUUGAUUCACAUUUAAGACCCACUGGUGCUGAGUUUCAUUCAGGAACAGUUGCAAAUGCUGUUAAGCAUGAUGAUGAAGUAGAUGAAGAAUCUGUCGAAGGUUCUUUUCCACUUACAGCACAGAGUUUUGAUAAAUAUGUCCAUCAGUUUCCAAUUACAGUUGUAAAUUUUUACGCACCUUGGUGUUCCUGGUGUAAACUUUUGAAACCUUCAUGGGAGAAGGCAGCCAAGGCAACAAAAGAGAGAUAUGAUCCGGAAAUUGAUGGGCGUAUUCUUUUGGCCAAGGUAGAUUGCACUCAAGAAGCUGACUUAUGCAGGAGGAAUCACAUACAAGGGUAUCCUUCUAUUCGCAUUUUUCGUAAAGGAAGUGAUCUCAGAAGUGACCACGGACAGCAUGAACAUGAGUCCUAUUAUGGAGACCGUGAUACAGAAAGUCUAGUCAAGAUGGUGGAGAAUUUAGUGGCAUCUCUCCCAACAGAAUCUCAAAAGCUAGCCUUGGAGGAUAAAUCUAAUACAACAGAGAAUACAAAAAGACCAGCACCAUCGGCAGGUGGAUGUAGAAUUGAGGGACAUGUGCGUGUGAAAAAGGUUCCAGGAAAAUUGGUCAUCUCUGCUAGAUCAGAUGCGCACUCCUUUGAUGCUUCUCAAAUGAACAUGUCACAUGUAGUAAACCACCUGACCUUUGGAAAGAAAGUGACACCUAGGGCCAUUAGUGAUAUGCAGCGCUUGAUACCUCACAUAGGUAGCAGCCAUGACAGGCUGAAUGGGCGGUCAUUCGUCAAUACUCAUAAUUUAGAAGCAAAUGUUACUAUAGAGCAUUAUAUUCAGAUAGUUAAGACAGAGGUAGUGACUAGAAAUGGUUACAAAUUAAUUGAGGACUACGAGUACACAGCGCACAGCAGUGUGGCACACAGUUUAGACAUUCCUGUUGCAAAGUUUCAUCUUGAGCUCUCCCCCAUGCAGGUCUUAAUAACAGAAAACCAGAAGUCUUUUUCACAUUUUAUUACAAAUGUCUGUGCUAUUAUUGGGGGCGUCUUCACGGUUGCUGGAAUUGUCGACUCAAUUCUGCAUAACACUAUUAGAAUGAUAAAGAAAGUUGAGCUUGGCAAAAACUUCUGAUAGAUAGGUAAAAUUCUGUAUAACGUAGUGCUUCAAAUUUUGACUCAACACAGCUUUACUUCUGAGGUAUUUUAGCAAUUUGUUCGCUGUAGGCGUUAUAAAUCAUACAAAUGUAAUUUUCUAUUUGUUACUUCAGUAAAAUCAUUACAAGGAUAUAAGGAUUUCAGGUGGAUAAUGCAUCCGAUAUUUGCCUCUGCUAAAA